CCUUUCUUCAAGAAAACUCCUUCAUGAAGCGGCCUGCUCCGACAGUUUCCUAUAUAUUAUCCGGCAAGACCGCAGCGGAGAAGAUAACUGAUAACUGAUAUCUGAAUCCAUCAUCCUUAAUUGAACCGAAAUGGCGUCCAAGUCCGAGGAAGAUUUGAAGCAGAAACUGACUGAUUUGCAGAAACAGCUGGGGAAGAAACAAUCAUUCGAAACUGCUGUUUCCUCCAUCAAAACCCUCCUCCUCGAAUCUUACCCCUCCGCAUCUCCCUCUCUGCGUAAGCUGUUCUUCGCAGUUAUAAGUAGGGUUUCAACGAUUUUGAAAACAAGAUAUACUGCACCAGGAUUCUGGAUUGCUGGGAGAGAUCUUUUCAUUGAUGCUGAAUGUUUGAUGUCUGCACCUGUUGAGAAGGAUCAUUUACGAUCUUACAUUUCUCAAGCCAAACAACAUCUACAUGAGUUAGAGAAUCAAUUGGAAGGUCCAGAAUUGGCAGCAGCAACCUCGAACAGAGGUUAUCUCUUUGAAGGUCAUCUUACUGUUGAUCCAGAACCUCCACAACCAGACUGGUUGAUACAGACAAACCUAAUGACUGCCCUUGCUGCUAGUCUUACUAGACCUGUAUCAUCUGAAGGUCAGCAAGAAGAUCCCAGCACAUCUGAUGUUACUAACAAUCUUAUGCAACAACUUGUCGAGAGUCUCGACAAUACCAUUCCUAUGAUUUUUGAGGAUGGGACUGGAGGUCCAAGGGCAGUGCCACCAGCUAGUAAAGAAGUUGUAGCGAAUCUACCAGUUCUCGACAUUACAGAAGAGAACAUAACAAAGAUUGACAAAGAUUCGGAGUGUGCAAUCUGCAAAGAAAACUUUGUUGUUGGUGAUAAGAUGCAAGAAUUGCCCUGCAAACACAAGUUUCAUCCUCAAUGCCUUAAACCUUGGCUGGAUGAGACGAAUUCAUGCCCGACCUGUAGGCAUGAGUUACGAACAGACGAUCAUGCGUAUGAGACUAGGAAGGAGCGUGAGAAAGAAGACGAGGAAGAGAGGAAAGGGGCUGCGAAUGCAGUGCGUGGGGGCGAAUACAUGUAUGUUUAGGUCAUAUGAAAGAAGUUGAUCGGGUUUGUCUUUGUUCAUUUGUAUUCAAUUUUAUGUGUUCUUAUGUUAUUUGUGAUUUCAUCUUUAAACAUGAAUACGUUCGUAUAGGUUUAUAGAUUCAUUUGAAAUAAACUAUUAUUAAUUA